GGCAGCCGCGGCCGGCGAGCGCAGCGGAGCGGGUGCGAAGCGGACCUGCUGGAGCCCCUUUCCUCCUCUUGCUCCUGCCGCCGCCGCCCAGCAGCAUGACCCGGCGCGAAGCGGCGGCCGCUCCCGGGCUCUGCCUCCUGCUCCUGCUGCUGCUCCGCAGCGGGGGGCUCUUCCCCCCUACCGCCGCGCAGCCCCCGGCGCCGCCGCAGCGCGGGAGCGUGUGGUGCCCCAGCCGCUGCCUCUGCUUCCGCAGCACGGUGCGCUGCAUGCAUCUGAUGCUGGAGAGCGUCCCUGCCGUGUCCCCCCAGACCACCAUCCUAGACCUGAGGUUUAAUAGGAUUAAAGAAAUCCAACCUGGAGAGUUUAGACGGCUUAAAAACCUGAACACACUGCUUCUAAACAACAAUCAAAUCAAAAGAAUACCUAGUGGGGCAUUUGAAGACCUUGAAAACCUGAAAUAUCUCUAUUUGUACAAGAAUGAAAUCCAGUCAAUUGACAGGCAAGCAUUUAAAGGACUUGCCUCUCUAGAACAACUGUAUCUGCACUUUAAUCAAAUAGAAACGUUGGAACCAGAAUCCUUUACCCAUCUUCCAAAACUUGAAAGGCUAUUUUUACAUAACAACAGAAUAGCUCAUUUGAUUCCUGGAACAUUUAGUCAUUUAGAGUCGAUGAAGAGACUGCGCUUGGAUUCCAACGCUCUUCACUGUGACUGUGAAAUCCUGUGGCUGGCAGAGCUGUUGAAGACCUACGCAGAGUCGGGUAAUGCUCAAGCAGCUGCUACCUGUGAAUAUCCACGAAGGAUCCAGGGAAGAUCAGUGGCCACGAUAACACCAGAAGAACUUAACUGUGAGAGGCCAAGAAUUACAUCAGAGCCUCAGGAUGUGGAUGUUACCUCAGGGAAUACAGUGUACUUCACUUGCAGAGCUGAAGGCAAUCCUAAACCAGAAAUUAUCUGGCUUCGAAACAAUAACGAGCUCAGUAUGAAAGAAGAUUCCCGUUUAAACUUGCUAGAUGAUGGCACGUUAAUGAUUCAGAAUACUCAAGAAACAGACCAAGGCAUUUACCAGUGCAUGGCAAAAAAUGUGGCCGGAGAAGUGAAAACUCAGGAAGUUACUCUAAGAUACUUUGAAUCGCCAGCCCGGCCAAGUUUUGUGAUCCACCCACAAAAUACUGAAGUGCUAGUUGGAGAGAGUGUUACCUUGGAAUGCAGUGCAACUGGACACCCUCAGCCACGAAUUACCUGGACCAAAGGAGACAGAACCCCUCUACCAAGUGACCCUCGCAUCACAAUAACUCCAUCAGGAGGACUUUACAUACAAAAUGUGAAGCAGGAUGACAGUGGCGAAUAUACUUGUUUUGCAACUAAUAGCAUAGAUGAUAUCCAGGCAACUGCAUACAUCAUAGUCCAAGCUCUACCUCAGUUUACUGUCACUCCUCAAGACAAAACAGUGAUUGAGGGACAAACUGUUGACUUCCCUUGUGAAGCACAAGGCUAUCCCCAGCCUGUUAUUGCUUGGACUAAAGGAGGAGGCCAGUUGUCUGUUGACAGAAGACACUUAGUUCUAUCCUCUGGAACCCUAAGGAUUUCCAGGGUUGCUCUGCAUGACCAAGGGCAGUAUGAAUGCCAAGCUGUCAACAUUAUUGGAUCUCAAAGAAUUGUUGUAUACCUGACCGUACAGCCUAGAGUGACUCCUGUAUUUGCAAGUGUUCCCAGUGACAUGACAGUUGAGGUUGGCACAAAUGUGCAGAUCCCAUGCAGUGCUCAAGGAGAGCCAGAGCCAGUAAUUACAUGGAAUAAGGAUGGAGUACAGGUAACUGAGAGUGGGAAAUUUCAUGUUAGUCCAGAGGGAUUUCUUACUAUUCGUGAUGUUGGAACAGCCGAUGAAGGUCGAUAUGAGUGUGUUGCCCGGAAUACCAUAGGCUACUCCUCAGUUAGUAUGGUGCUCAGUGUUAACGUCCCUAAUGUCAGCCGAAAUGGAGAUCCUUUUGUACAAACAUCAAUUGUGGAAGCAAUUGCGACUGUUGACAGAGCAAUAAAUUCAACACGUACACAUCUGUUUGACAGUCGUCCUCGUUCUCCAAAUGAUUUGCUAGCCUUAUUUCGAUACCCAAGGGAUCCGUACACUGUCGAGCAAGCAAGAGCUGGGGAAAUAUUUGAAAGGACAUUACAGCUUAUUCAAGAUCAUGUACAAGACGGUCUAAUGGUUGACCUGAAUGGAACAAGUUAUCACUAUAAUGACCUUGUAUCCCCACAGUACUUGAAUCUGAUAGCUAAUCUCUCGGGCUGUACAGCCCAUAGACGAGUGAACAACUGCUCAGAUAUGUGCUUCCACCAGAAGUACAGAACACAUGAUGGAACGUGCAACAACCUUCAGCAUCCCAUGUGGGGUGCUUCUCUGACAGCCUUUGAACGUCUGCUAAAGUCAGUCUACGAAAAUGGAUUUAAUUUGCCUCGGGGAAUUGAACCCAAGAGGCUCUCUAAUGGCUAUGCACUCCCAAUGCCUCGCUUGGUUUCAACUACUCUGAUCGGAACAGAAACAAUAACUCCUGAUGACCAGUACACUCACAUGCUCAUGCAGUGGGGUCAGUUUCUUGACCAUGAUCUUGACCUCACCGUGGCUGCCCUAAGUGAGGCCAGGUUUUCAGAUGGUCAGCACUGCAGUUCAGUUUGUACAAACGAUCCUCCGUGCUUUUCCAUCAUGAUACCACCAAAUGAUCCCAGAGUUCGAAAUGGUGCACGCUGCAUGUUUUUUGUACGCUCCAGUCCGGUUUGUGGGAGUGGCAUGACAUCUCUCCUGAUGAAUUCUGUGUACCCACGCGAACAGAUCAACCAGCUGACUUCAUACAUCGAUGCAUCCAAUGUCUAUGGCAGUUCAGACCACGAAGCGCUAGAAAUCAGAGACUUGGCAAGUCAAAGGGGUCUUCUGAGACAGGGCAUCGUACAGAGAUCUGGAAAGCCACUUCUCCCAUUCGCCACUGGGCCACCAACAGAGUGUAUGAGAGAUGAAAAUGAGAGCCCUAUUCCCUGCUUUUUAGCUGGUGAUCAACGUUCUAAUGAACAGCUGGGUCUUACCAGCAUCCACACAUUGUGGUUUAGAGAGCACAACAGAAUUGCCUCAGAGCUACUGAAACUCAAUCCACACUGGGAUGGUGACACAAUAUAUCACGAAACACGCAAAAUUGUUGGUGCAGAAAUGCAACACAUAACAUUUAGCCACUGGCUGCCUAAGAUCUUUGGAGAGGUAGGCAUGAAGAUGCUUGGCGAAUAUAAGGGUUAUGAUCCCAGUGUUAAUUCUGGCAUAACUAAUGAGUUUGCAACUGCCGCUUUUAGGUUUGGUCACACACUCAUUAAUCCUUUUCUGUAUCGACUGGAUGAAAACUUUGAACCUAUUCCACAAGGCCAUCUACCUCUUCAUAAGGCAUUCUUCUCUCCAUUUCGGAUUGUAAAUGAAGGAGGCAUUGAUCCACUUCUAAGGGGAUUGUUUGGUGUUGCUGGUAAGAUGCGUGUCCCAUCACAAUUACUCAAUACAGAAUUAACAGAAAGACUCUUCUCCAUGGCACGUACUGUGGCUUUAGAUCUGGCAGCUAUGAAUAUUCAGAGAGGCAGAGAUCAUGGAAUUCCUCCCUACCAUGAUUUUAGAGUUUACUGUAAUCUUUCUUCAGCUCAGACUUUUGAAGAUCUGAAAAAUGAAAUUAAGAAUCCUGAAAUCAGGGAGAAACUUAGCAGGUUAUAUGGUUCCCCACUGAACAUAGACCUAUUUCCUGCUCUAAUGGUAGAGGAUUUAGUUCCAGGGAGCCGGCUGGGGCCAACUUUGAUGUGUCUGUUAAGCACACAGUUUAGGCGUAUUCGGGAUGGAGACAGGUUAUGGUAUGAGAACCCGGGUGUGUUCACACCUGCUCAACUCACUCAGAUCAAACAGACAUCUCUUGCCAGAGUUUUGUGUGACAAUGGUGACAACAUAACGAGGGUACAACAUGAUGUCUUUAAGGUGGCUGAAUUCCCACAUGGGUAUAGUAGCUGUGAAGAUAUUCCUAAACUGGACCUCAGGAUGUGGCAAGACUGCUGUGAAGACUGUAGAACUAGAGGACAGUUUAAUGCAUUUUCAUAUCACUUUCGGGGAAGACGUUCUCUUGAUUACAGCUUUCAGGAGGACAAGCCCUUGAAGAAGAUGAAAAUGUCCAAAACAGUAAGUUCGGUGAAACAGAGUAAAUAUUUCCGUAAUACCACAUCAGCAUCUCAUGAGAAUACAAACAUGCCCGCAGUGAAUGACUUCAAAGAAUUUGUUUUGGAAAUGCAAAAAACUAUUUCAAGCCUUAGAAGCCAGAUAAAAAAACUUGAAUCACGCCUCAGUAAAACUGAUUGCACUGAUGAAAAGGGUAAAUCAUAUUCCAACAAUGAAACCUGGAAAAGGGACCCUUGUACUGUAUGUGAAUGCAAAGUUGGUCAGAUUACCUGUUUUGUAGAAUCAUGCCCACCGGCUGACUGCGAAGCACCUGUGAAGCUUAAAGGAGAUUGCUGUCCAGUCUGCUUAAAACAAAAUAGUAAUGAAAAGAUGCCAAAGUCUGCUUUUUAAGAAUUUAGGGUGCAUACUCCUCAAAUCAUAUCAAUGCCUGCUGAUGGCAAAACCAGGUAACUACAGUCUUAACAACAGCAAGAAAUCAAGAUUUACAAUAUUCUAAUGGUGCUGUAACAGUAUAACAUAAUGUAUCAUUUUAUUUUCUGCCCACGACGGUAACCACAAUGCAAAAAUUAACGAAAGGGAAAUUAGCAAACAGGUCAAUGUUAAUUGUAUGUUAAACUUCUCAGGUUAGACAAAUUCAAACUGGUGCUACUUUAAAAGAAUACUGUCAGGUAGUUUUAGUUACCCAAAAUGAUUGGGCUUAAGACUUAUUCUAAAAUAAACACUUUGUUUGCUGUCUUUAAUUAGCAACAUUAAAAGUUUACUAUCACUUUUCAGUACCAGUCUGACUUGAUAUUUAGCUCUUUGUUAUUAUUUAGUAAAUGCAGGGAAAAGGAAUAAACAAGGUCACUGGGCCCAAAGUAGUGCCACAGAGAGCAAGUUUCUGCCAACAACAGAGUUUCCAUACAUGGAAAUUCUAUUGAAUCACACCAUUGUUUCUACACCUUGAUGAGCAAGGAAAUUAAGAAAUUUACGUGACAUCUUUCAACUUCCUUUGAUUAACUGAAGGAGCAAAUUUACAUUUGCAAACCAAUGAAAGGUAGAGUUAGUAAGGAAAUACAAAUAGAUGUAAUUGGAAGAUAAAAAAAGCGGCUGUAAUAGAUAUUCCUCAUUCUAGGAAAACAUACAUGACAGAGUAGUAUUUGAUCUUAAAAUGAACAUAGUCGUCUUUGUCAAACCGUAUGUAGUCAUUGUAACAUGACCAGCCAGUCCAGUUUUAAAGCAUGCUUCUCUUGAUCUCAGAUCAGCUCAUGAAUUUGUAUGGCCCUGUUUUGAAAAUGGAAAAAGAUGUCACAUGCAAUUUUGUAUAAAAAGAUCCCUACUGAUUUUGUUGUGCAUAUUAUCAAUCGCUAUAUGUUCCUGAUUAUAUUGUGGCACUAUUUGUUGAAAAAAGAGCAGUCAAAACCAAGUGUCAUAAUUAAUUGUGGAUUGACUACUUUUUCUGAUUUUUUUAAAGGCUUUUUUUCAAUUUCA